AUGGCUUCCGCUUUCCCUCCAAACCGCUCGCAGUCCAGCAUCAACCUUAUUGCGCCAUCCGCUGUCAGACAUCAAGACAUAUUCCGUGCCCUAGAAGCCUCCGCUUCCAUACUUCCAAAAUAUUACACCAACGCAAAAAAGUCAGAAUCAAAGGCCUCGUCCGCUGAACUGGAAGGCUCCGCCUACUCGGAUUAUCACCACCUCCAUCAGCCACCUCCUCCUCCGCCAUCCCCCGUCGGUUUCCCCUCCAGCCCAUCCCUAAGGGGCAGAUAA